ACUGGUGUACGGUUAGCAGUGUGGCUGUGGCCGCGGCCUGUAAGCUUGGGGGCGUGAACCGGUUGUGGUUCAGAACGCAAAACAUGGCGGAGAAGGUUCCAGCUACCGCCGCUGGUGGCGACUCUGGUGACAGCUACUACGAAGAUAAGGAUGAUGACCGCGUGGUCAAGGCGGCUGUGGAGGUGUUCGAGAAGCUGAAGGGUGUCAACUGCCCCUUCCUCGACGGUCUGUAUAUUACAGAGUCAAAGACAAUCCUGGAACUGCUGUGUAAGCCCUCAAAGUACCGGUUGGAUAUACUGGAAUGGAUGUGUAUAAGGGUGUGUCCCUCCUUGCAGGACAAGUUCAGUUCACUGAAAGGAACUGCAGUGGAUGUGAAGAUACAGGAAAUGGUGAAGCUAGGCCAUGAGCUGAUGUUGUGUGCACCAGAUGAUCGGGAUCUUCUGAUGGGCCGUGAGUGUCCCCAGAAGCAGCUGCAGUUCAUGGACCAGUUGCUGGAUAAGAUGCGGAGCCUGGCCACUGGAUGCUCCAGUAGUUCUAGCCUGAAGGAACACCUUGAAGACACCACAGAGAAGAAUGAAGCCUUGCUGGGGGAGCUCUUCUCUAGCCCCAACCUGUGGGCGAUCUUGAAGCCUGAGAAUGACCCAUGGCCCCUGGACAUGCAGUCCUCUCUCAACAAGCAAUGUGAUGACCUGCCCAAGGCUGGUCCCUCUACCCAGUCAGAGGGAGAGAAGGUGGCAGAUCUGGCCAGGCAGCUGCAGGAGAGUGCUACUAAGCUUCAGACACUUCAAGACCAGUGCUUUGCACAGCAUAAAGCAGGGACUGACACCAGUACCAUAGACCAGAAGCUUCGUUUGGUCAUCUCCGACUUCUAUCAGCUCAUCUUGGCCUUCCUGCAAGUCUAUGAUGAUGAGCUGGGCAAGUGCUGCCAGCGUCCACUACCCAGCCUUCAUCCAAGUGGCCCCAUCAUUCAAGCUGUCUAUCACAGUCUGUCUUCCUGUGGCCAAUUGUUGAGAGCAGUCAUGGAGAUUGCAGACACAUCUACUGAAGCUAUGGAAGCAGCAAGGAGGCAGCAAGGAGAGCCUAACUGUUGGGGCAGCAACAACUCGGGGAUAAGCCUUGCCACCAGGAUUGAUGAAGUAACACAGAAGUACAAGAUCCUCACAGACAGAUUGCACAGAGACACAAGAUAAUAUGGGGGUAGAAGACCCUCCCUGGACCUGUCAGGAGGGGUAGUUCCAGUCCUGCUAAUGUCUGCAUGGAUUCCACUUGAUUGGUAUCUACAUUUUGGAGGAAAGAAGGAAGAGGGAAGUAGAUUAGGCAGGCAGAGAUGGGUUGGAUAGGGAAGCUAGAAAUAAAAAACUUU